AUGCGACUCAUCAACACACGCACUCUGCAGAUUGAAGAGUUUGUCUCGUCCAGAGCCCCGAAGUAUGCCAUUCUAUCGCACACAUGGGGUGAAGCAGAGGCAACCUUUGCGCAGUGGCGCUCACGGCUGACACGACUGCGCAAGGCCAAGAAGCCCGGGUUCGCAAAGAUACUUGCGACGUGCGAACAAGCUCGUCGCGAUGACAUCGGCUACGUCUGGGUGGACACGGCGUGCAUCGACAAGGAGAGCUCAGCGGAGCUGUCGGAAGCCAUCAACUCGAUGUUUGCGUGGUACGAGAGGGCGGUGGUCUGCUAUGUGUAUCUUGCUGAUAUACCGGACGAGCCGCCCGAGGGCAUCGGCAGGCUCGAGCUGAUGGGGUCAAGCAAGUGGUUUUCUAGAGGGUGGACACUCCAGGAGCUCAUCGCCCCGGACCGUGUGGUCUUCUUCUCCCAGUCCUGGCAGAUGCUGGGAACCAAGAAAGCAAACUCGAGUUUCUUGUCGGAUGUUACAGGUAUAGACGCACUGUGCCUCCGUGACAGGGAGCAGAAGCCGCUGAGAAGAUACUCGAUUGCUCAGCGAAUGUCUUGGGCAGCCGACAGGGCGACGACGCGACCCGAGGAUAUGGCAUACUGCCUCCUGGGGAUCUUUGAUAUCCACCUGUCCCCGAUAUAUGGGGAGGGGAUGAAAGCAUUCAUCAGGCUGCAGGAGGAGAUCAUACGAACCUCGGGCGAUCACAGCUUCCUUGCCUUUGACACAAGGCAAUCUCAGAACUCCCUCCUCGCCGACCACCCUGAUCUAUUCCGCAACAUGAGAAAUAUACAGCCACUGUUGAGUCUGACACUCACUCCCAAAUUCUCGCUGCGAAAUGCUGGUCUUUCCAUCAGGACGCCGCUGAUCCAGACGCUCUCGCCAUAUUGGGUGAUUGCUGUGCUCAAUUGCGCCGAGACGCAGAGCAAAAGGGGUGCCGCAAGAAGUCGGAUCUGUGUGCCCCUCCUCGGAAAGGAUGGCGUCUACAUGCGGGCACGAGAGCCUGUGAGCCUCAUCCGGAGUUUGCUUUCGGCAGUAUACACCCGGGGGUUCAAAGAAAAGAUCGAGGAUUUGACGACGCCUAAGCAGACAAAGUACCUCAUCUCGCACUUCACUCGGGUAUAUCCAAUCUUCAGCCACGACUCGGACUUUGGGGAGGAGAAGUUUGAUGAGGUCAAGCGCAGAUCUGGGUUCCUGUUGACAUUUCCUCGGGGCAUGGGGAACUACCAGCUUGUGGACGCCUUUCCCUCAGAGGCCCUCCGGCGGAGCACGAGCUUUUUCAACCCACACAACCAAGAAGAUGGCAUUGCCCACGGCCUAUUAGUAUAUCAGGCUGCUGCCGGUGGACAGGGAGCGAGCGAGGCAAGCAGGAUAGGCGUUCACUUGGCCCAUACUUUGGACCGCGGGGGCAGCCAGUGGAUGUGCGUGCUGGUGGACAUCCCGGCCGAAAUGAAACAGCACGAAUACCUCGACCAGUGGCGGGCAUCGUGGCCAUUUUACCAAGAUCCCGGGCCCUGGGAACACUAUGAACACCGUGAUAACUUCAUUGUGGCGGGAAGGACAAAGUUUGCUCUCAACGACAGCAAUCGCCAGGCUGUCAUGGUCGAGAUGGUGUUCGAUGCGGAAACUCUGCUGAAGGAGCAGGGCCUUGAUAAAGUGCUGGCCAAUGGGGAAGGAAAUGGAAGUGUCUCAGGUACUAUUUGA